GCCGGAAGGCGAAGAAAAGACAAUGAUGAUCGAUGACCUCGUCAAGGCCUUGGACAGGCGAGAGAGAAUGGCCAGUAAUGUACCUAAGGUUGACACGUUCCACUUUGACGGGGAGCGAGUCUCCGAGUGGUUGGACAAAGUGGAUCAGGCCCUGGUGGGAUUGGCAGACGAGGUGAAACUUCAGCGAGUACUAAGAUUUGUACUUCAUAUCCACAACUCUGAAGUACAGAAGGUUAUCGACGCGGCCAAUGGUAGUUGGGACCGCUAUAAAGAGGCUAUGCGAAGGAAGUAUAGGCUAGGGGAUGGAAUGCUGACGACCACUGAUCUGGAAGCCAUGAAUCGGGAUGACUUCACAACAGUGGGAGCCUUCUUGCAGGCAUUUAAGAAGAAAGCCAGGAAGGUUCAUGGGGUCUCUGAAGACGCUUUGUGUGCGAUCUUCUUGGGGUUGAUUACGACUUCGGAGGCAUCCGAAAUAACGAGUCAUGGGGUAGCAGGUAGGGCCAAACUCACCUGGGACACCAUCGACAGAGGUGUAGCAAAUGGCAGCCCGGACCAGGUUGAACAAUACCAAAUGCGCCAGCAGAGGCGGAAGAGGAAAGAACGGGAUGCUACGGCCUCGGGAACCCCGGGGGUAAAGAGGAUUAUUAAGGAUACGCUCGCAGAACUGGGGUAUGGUCAGGACGAGGUAAUACAGAAGAGGGUGAUAACUUCUGUCCAAGGAAGAGGGAAAGAGGUGGUGAAUAAAGAAGCCGCUCAGCCGGACUGGGAAGAGGAGGAACCUGUGCCUGUGCACCUUACGAAAGCACAGAGGAUACUACACAACCAGGCGCAGGGAGGACAAGGCACUGGGAAGGGUCAACUACAUCAGGCGGCAGCGCCGGCCGCCGCAUCAAAUGUAGCUGGCCCGUCCAACAGUGUCGGGGCCCCACUGGUAUUGAUGCCACCACAAGGGCAAUGGGUGUUUAACCCCGCGCCCUCAUGGAGCGGGCAGAACGCAGGAGGGCAAAUGGUGCCAUACGUAAACCUGCAGAACACUGCGCCGUCCCCAAGUUACCCGGCCACGCAGGCCCAACCCAUGGCACCACCCCCAUCGCCCGCGCCAUCACAAGAUAGUGUGGCAGGAGGUGGAGGCYAGGGUCAGAGGGGCCAAGGGAAUGGUGGUAGGGGUGGAGGAAGAGGACGUGGAAGGAAUGGUGGUGGACGAGGCGGUGGACAGUGGGGUAACCAAGGAGGUCAGAAUCAGGGGAGUCAAGGUCAGUGGAACCAAGGUGGACAAGGUGGUGGCAGAGCGUAUUUGGAUUGGAGGACGGCAAUAUGUCAACACUGUGAUAAGAAAGGACAUACCAUCCGAUUCUGCAACCAACGAAGGGACGACGAGAGAGAAGGGUUAGUCUAUUCAAGUAUGGAUGGGCAUAUGUUCGACCAAUUCGGAGAAGAGAUAGACCGUAAGAUCCCAGGUGGGGUUAGAGCGGAGGUUGUAAGGAGGAGAGCGGCAGGAGGGCCACCAGCACCUCCGGCAGUAUUCCGGCUGUGGCAAGAGAAGGAGGGUCCUCCAAUAACAGUGGAAGAGAUUGAAGAGGAUGAAGGAGGGCAUCUGCAGACGGCGAGUGAACGGGUGAAGGAAGAGCCUGUGGUUAGGGAGGUGGAAGACGAGGAGGAAGCUGAGGACAGCUCGUCGAUCAUGGACCUCGUCGCCAAGAUGGAGGACUUGUGGGGGAAGAUGGGAAGGUACCAGCAGAAGCUGCAGGAUAUCUGUGGGGAGGUGAAAGAGUGGGAGGGUAGCCUCCCCAAGGUUUAUUUGCUGGAUACUGACCCCGAGGCAAGGCCAGAACGCCGGAGCUACCCCAAUGUAGCUUCGGUGGGGUCGGGCGCACGGCCAGGGGGAUUGAUAAGGCCUCCUACGGCACAAAGGAGGGUGGUGCCCGCAGCCCGAACGAGGAGUCGAGAGAAAGCUGGCCCAAGUCAGGAACCUCCACAAAAGGAGCCAGAACAAGAAAGGAGGAAAGAGGCUGUGGAGGUGGAGGAUGACAGUGAGGAUGAGGAGCAGGACGAGAGGCUCUGCCGUGAGGAGGAUGAGAGGGCAGAGCAACGGGCCAAGAAGAGAGGGGUCAGAGAGGACCUUGAGCCAGCCUUGCGCGAUACGGCGCGGAAGAAAAAGAAGUACGCGGUUCGAUUGGAAGAAGGUUUUGAUGUUGAAAGUGUGAUCGACCGUGCGCGCACACCUGCCAGACGCACGGCGCACGCACAGCGCAUGGCGCAGCGCAUAAAUGCGCCGCAACAGGAGGGAGUUGUCGAGUUUGUGAAAGCUAGACCCCUUUUUGACAUACUGUUCGAAGCUGAUUAUGAGUUCGAUGGGUUUGUGGUCCAGACCCGGGAUGCAACAAAGGAUUUUUCUGAAGAAUCAAGGCUUGGAGAAGGUGGUUAUGGGUCUGUUUAUCUCGGGAAGCUGCACUACACCCCAGUGGCAAUAAAAGUCAUGGCAGUUGAUAGCAUCCAAGGCCGUGAGCAAUUCAAGACAGAGAUUGAUAUGCUGAGUAUUCUCCGUCAUCCUCACCUCGUGACCCUUGUGGGUGCCUGCACAGAGAAGUGCUGCCUGGUUUACGAGUACAUGGCAAAUGGGAGCUUAGAAGAUCGUCUGUUGCUGAAAGGUUGCAUGCAGCCACUUCCGUGGUAUGCCCGAAUGAGAAUAGCAGCAGAGGUUGCUCAAGCUUUGCUUUUUCUGCAUACCAGUCAACAGGGACCCAUCAUCCACCGUGACCUCAAGCCUGCCAACAUCCUACUUGACAAUAAGUUUGUCAGCAAACUAAGUGACGUUGGCCUGGCGUUCAUAGCUGAGCAGCUGAAGACAGGACAAUGUUCUAUCAUCCAGCAGACAAGCCCUGUUGGAGACAUUCAUUAUAUAGACCCCCAGUACUUGCAGACUGGGCAUUUGAGCCCUAAAUGUGACAUCUAUUCCUUUGGCAUUACCCUGUUGGAAAUGCUCACUGGAAAGCUCCAAACUGCACGGGGUAUGACUGUGCGGGAUAUAAUUCAAGAGGCGCUCACGAAUCGAGAUACAUUUGCGACUGUAUUGGACCCGAAUGGUGGUUCAUGGAAUCUCGAUUUGGCAUGGGAGGUCGCAAAUCUGGGCUUCAAAUGUUCAGAAUACGAAAGACGUCAGCGGCCUGAGAUGAGUGGUGAAGGGGGCAUUAUGCCUACUUUGGAAAGAAUUGCUUCUGAAGCAAAGGCUGCAGAGGAGGCCGUAGAAGAUCGUCGAAUGAAGAUGCUGGCAAUGCCCAAUCAUUUCCUGUGUCCCAUUACUCAUGAUCUCAUGGAAGAACCUGUCAUCUCAGCAGACGGACAUACUUACGAGCGCAAUGCCAUUGAACGCUGGCUAGAAGGCCAUGAAACAUCCCCAAUGACGAACCUGCUUCUGGAAAACAAGACUCUGGUUCCCAAUUUUGCACUGCGCAAUGCCAUCCAGCAGUGGAGAGAGUUUCACGAACAGUAAGCAAGUUGCUACCGUCUGUCAGCAAAUAGAUGCAUGAAGAUGUGACAGCCACAUGGUUGAGAUCCGGCAUCUGAAAAACUGGGUUGAAUUCAUAUGACUGAUGUAUUGGAGGAUGGAGUGAAUCAGGGAAUAAGAAAAAUUCAUUGGUCUGGUAUCGUCGGUGAUUUAGGCUUUAGCUGCUUUAGCAUCCACUUUUGACACGUUGAGUUUAUAACGUAGUAAUAAUUUCACAGCAUAUGGCAUCCAUCCAGUCUCUCAGAGAGAUCAUAGGUCACAGCUGUGUGCCUUUGAAAGGUGUAUAUAAGGCAUCUCCGAAAGACGGAAUCAUAGGCAGAAGUUCUGGUAGAGGCCUGCCAUCCUAGGAAUUCUGUGGAAUGUGAAGGAAUAAGUGAGGAGUGGAAGGGUAGGAGAGACGAGGAGAAAAGUGAGAGAGAACCUUAGUGCGGAAAUGGAUUUCGAUGGCGUUGCAGCUCGCACCUCCUGGAAUCUGCUUGGGUGUCGCGUGAUGCUCCCCGCGGGAGACUCCGCACCCCUGUGUUGGGAAAAAGGCAUGGGCCAGGGCGGGCCCAGCAAGGUGCAGUGCAGUGAAAAAAAAACAAAAACGUGUGUCCUGAUUCACCGUGUUGUGUCUAAAGACAAGGUCACUGUGUCAUAGUCGCGUUCAGGCUAACGUUUUC